UUUGCCAGCUCUAAUAGGAAUUGCAGUUUUAAUUACAAUAGAAUACAACAUAAAUUAAAAUAUAAUUUUUGUUAUGUUGUGGUUUAUUUUGUGGUCUUCGGUGAAUUUUUUUCAUAUUGCAAAAUGUUAAUGCGAGGCAUCCAGUUUAACAAUUUAGAAUAUCGUCGUCGUCAAAUUGAUACCUUGAAAGUAUUUAAUGACAAUGUGGUCGAAGUGUCCGAACUGUCAGAAUACUGCGUACAUUUUGAAUCGGGAGGUAGGAAUUUUAUCCUUACCGUACUAUUGGGUUUGAAUUUCCCAAAUGAACGCCCCAAGCUAUUGCUGUCGCCCAUCAUACAGCACAGUUGGAUUAAUGCUAGCAGCGGGGAGAUAGAAAAGGCGCCAGGCUUAUUAAACUAUUCACCGCACUCUGACCUUGGCAGAGUUGUACAAGCAAUUAUUAGAGAGUUUGAACGUUUUCCUCCACAAAUCAUUCAGUCGCACAGUCCAAUAGCCCACAAUAAUGCCAGUUCCGCUCACGUUAAUACUCCACAUGUCCAUCAUUAUCAACCCCUGCAAGUGGCCAAAUCUUUGGAUAGUGGUACUAGUAGCGGUGCUUCAAAUAGUACCAAUAGCAGCAAAGAAACUUCCCCCAACGACCCCACAAAGCACACAUCUCCCCGACUCAACGACAGCAAUUUUCCCAACCUCUCCACACUUUCGCUUGAUGAACUGAAACAGCUUGAUAACGAUGAUGAAUUCUUCGACGAUUUCAUCGAAGAAAUGUCAGUCGUGCAGCAGCUAAAUGAAGAACUGGAUUCAAUGAUUAACCAGGUUGAAAACAUUUCCAAAGAAAAUGAAUCAAAAGAAACUCACCUAGUUGAGCUUAAACGGAAAUUAAGUGAUGAUGUUACAACUCUUAAAAAUUUAGGCGAAAAAUGCGACCAAUUGAACAAAAAGUAUUUGAAAAAAACUGAGGAGUACAAUCCACAGCACAUAAGGGAACUGCUUCAAAUUGCCGCCUCAAACGCCGAUACGGAAUGCGAGAGGCACGUUGAACAAUUUUUAAAUGGAAAAAUAGACGUGCAAACCUUUUUGCAAAACUAUACACAUUCAAAGAAGCUUAGCUCGGAACGUAAGGCUAAAGAGGAGCGAUUAGGACACCAACUAUUGGAGUUGGAAAGAGCCGGCGGAAUCUAAACCGUGAGAAAUGUAUUUAUUUAUCGUGAUGUUGGGACAAAGAUAUGGCUUACCUUUUAAAUUAAAAAGGCUUAAAACAGAAGAAAAAUCUCAAUAAUGAUUUACAAAUGAUGGGAAGAAGUCUACUACUACUAAGGCCUGGUAGCCAGGUUAAUGUACUUUUUAAUUUCAAUAGUGUCAUUUUAUUUCUAUCUUUUACUUCUUUUAUAUAGUCGAAUUAUGUAGCUGUUGUUUCUUCGUUUUUUUUUUAAAUCAUUCUCUUUACAUUUUAACGAUAAUUUACAACUGUAUUUUAGCUUUCCAUGGUCCCCCUCUUCAACUUGUUAAAACAAAAACAACAAUCUGUGAAAAAUAUAACAAAUCAGCAGGAUGGAUACAAAUAUCAACAAAAGUUUCUUUGUAGUUUAAGUAGUAACUUAAAUGUAUUCUAUUCAUUUAAAUAUUUAUUUAUGAUUUAAAAUAAAAAAAAUAACAAAUUCUAAAAAUGCAUACAAUUCGAGGGGAAAUCCAUAUAUACAUAAUUAACCCAUUGUCCCGAGUAUUGGGUAUAUGGCAGAAAUAGAACCAGCUGUAUCAGUCGCUUGUUUUUCCAAAGCAGUCAAGCUGUAACCAAAUGAGUAUCGGUCCACAUUUUGUUAUAUCUCCCAUAAAAGCAGAUCUCUCCAAAAUGGUUUCUGAGAUGUUCUGCCAUGACUUCCAAGUCAUGCAAAAUUCUUAUUUGAAUUCGAAAGAAAAUUUGUAAUUAUAUAUGCAGUGUUCAAAUAUAGGCCACGGGCGGAGAUGGCCCGUCGCUUUUAAA